GCCAAUUUCGUUUAACACCAAGAGACGAGAGGAGCUUCAUUCCACGUCUGAUGAUUCUAUUAGUGCGAAAGCAAAAGGCCAGGGCUAAAGGAACGAACGAAUCUUCAACUUACUCAGGGUUUCCAGUCUCCUUUAUCCCUGUUAUCCUCGUCGACAAGGACGCGCAACCACUUUGUGACUCAAUCACUUCGCUCCAGGUUGGAAAUUUGACAGGUUUUUUUAUACCUUUAGGACUUCAAAGUUGGAAUCAGAUCCUCAGUGAGAGUAUGGAUGCAUUUCAUGAAGUGUUCUUGAGAUGUCAAGUGGUUUCCUUUGAUGUCCUGCCGUCCUGGAUCGCUAUUCUUUCAUUGGAUUGUGCUGCUUUUGGAUAAUUGUCCUUGAAGGUUAGCACGAAUGAGAGUAUGCCAUUUGCAGUGUUGCUGAUUCUCAAGGACAUAAUUGGCUUGGAAUAUUUCACAGUAACUUAGUUUUGUUGAUUCUUUGAGCGAUUUUGAUGUAUUUUUUACUUGAGUGUCUUUAGAUAUUUAGAUACCAUGUAAAUCACUUUUCCGACAUUGAAUAUGUGAUGAUUGUGAAGUUUUUCAGAAUGCGGAUUCGUGGUUAGUUUUCA